AUGCAAAGGCUUUUGAAAUUUAGUGGGCAUGGCAGCAGGGCGUUGUUCCUGGCCCGGAGGUGGAACUCUAACAUAGCGAGUGGGACGGCUGGCACGUUUCAAACCACUGCUAAGCCACUGAGAUCUGUCAAGCCAACAGAAGCAGCUUUGGCACUUAACGGGAAGUUUCUGGAGUCAACAAAUGGUAACGAAAAUGGUAUCACUUCUAUGGGCUCGAUCGAUUGGUACACUUCAUGGCAUGGUCUUGGCAGUAAACCGUUUGAUGCCACUGUACAAAAAGCACUCGCGUUACCUUUGGAACCAACAGACAUAGAAAUCAAACCCGACGGGCUGAUAUAUCUCCCAGAGAUCAAGUACAGACGCAUAUUGAAUAGGGCCUUCGGAGCUGGUGGUUGGGGUCUUGUGCCCAGGUCCCAAACCAUCGUAACAUCAAAACUAGUGACACGAGAAUACGGAUUAGUAUGCCACGGCCAGUUGGUAAGCGUUUCACGUGGUGAACAGGAUUAUUUCUCGGAGACAGGAAUACCCACAGCCACAGAAGGGUGCAAGAGUAAUGCUCUAAUGAGGUGCUGCAAGGAUCUAGGUAUCGGUUCAGAGCUAUGGGAUCCUGUAUUUAUCAAGAGGUUCAAGACUGAGCACUGUGUGGAGAAAUUCGUGACACAUAUUGCAACAUCAAAAAAAAAGAAAAUAUGGAUAAGAAAGGAUAGAUCAGUUGAGUAUCCUUACAAAGCAUAA